UCUCUUCUCCCUCCCAACUGCCAUCAACGAACUCUUAAACUAUGUCAGCACCACAACAUCAAAUCACUUCCACAUCCGAUAAAAACCCAGUUUCCAAGAUGGUUUCAUUGGAGCACUGAUCCAAGAUACCAAAAAGUUUUUUUUGUUUUGUUUUGUUUUAAAUCGAUGAAUCCGUUUCUCCACCACCCAGAAGGUGAUCCUCCACAAUCACCACCAAAACCAAUUGAAGGACUGCACGAAAUCGGACCGCCUCCGUUUCUCAACAAGACAUUUGAGAUUGUGGAGGAUCCAAACACGGACCACAUCGUGUCUUGGAACAGAGGAGGCACUAGUUUUGUCGUCUGGGAUUUGCAUGCUUUCUCUGAGUUUCUUCUCCCUCGUCACUUCAAACACAGCAACUUCUCAAGCUUCAUCAGACAGCUUAACACCUACGGUUUUAGAAAGAUAGAAGCAGAGAGAUGGGAGUUUGCAAACGAAGGGUUCCUGUUGGGACAAAGACAUCUACUGAAGACCAUCAAGAGAAGAGCUUCCUUUGCUUCCACGUCUUCUUCACCGAUUCAUGAUCCUUGCGUAGAGCUUCGUAAGGAGAAGCAACUGCUGUUGACGGAGGUGGAAAUUCUGAGACAGCAGCAGCAAACAGCGAGAAGCUACAUCAAAGCCAUGAAACAGAGGAUCGAAGGAGCAGAGAAGAAACAGAGGGAGAUGAUGUCUUUUUUGGCAAGAGCGGUGCAGAGUCCUUCUCUGUAUCAGUUUCUCAAGCAGAGAGAUGCGAGGGUUAAGGAUCUUGAGGCUGAGGAAGAAGAGAGGGGAAGAGGUUCUUCCGUGUCGGAACUGGAAGCUCUUGCUCUGGAGAUGCAAGGGUAUGGAAAACAGAGGAAGGCGAAGGAAGAAGAGGAUAUGGUGAUCGAGAGAGAGUUGGACGAUGGUUUCUGGGAAGAGCUGCUAGGUAACGAGAGUUUGGCUUCUACCUCUUCUAUGUAAGAUGUAUCCUUGUUGCAAACUCCUCUUUUUUUUUUUCUUUUUCUCACGUUCUUGUUUAUUUCAAAGCAUUUCUUAUCAAAAAGUAGUAGUGUGAGCUGAGCUACAAAACGUUGUAAUUUUUUUCAUGCGUGUAGAUAAAAUAUAUGAAAUGUCUUCAAUUUCACAAGGCUUGAAAUAUGGUGUUGUAGUAUAGUGAUCGUUU